AUGAAGGUGACUAUACUUUCAAAAGAAGUUAUCAUACCAUCAAAUGCAACCCCUUCCAACCUCAAAACCUACAAACUCUCCUACAUAGAUCAACAAAUCCAUCAUCAUCAUAUCCCAUUCAUUCUUUACUACUCAUAUGAUGCAUCCAUCACCACCAUAUCACAGUCCAAAAUGACCACCAAACUCAAAACCUCACUCUCCAAAACCUUGACUCAUUUCUACCCUUUAGCCGGAAGGUUGACCAACAACCAAAACGCCAUUGACUGUACCGAUGAAGGUGUUCAGUUUUCAGUAGCCAGAGUCGAGUGUAAUCUCAUGACCAUCAUCACAACUCCAGUCAUCGAAGAAUUGAAACAACUUGUGUUGAUAGGAUCAUCAUCAUCAUCAUCAUGUGUUGAAGAACAACAGGUGGCUAUCCAAGUUAACUUGUUCGAUUGUGGUGGCAUAGCAGUUGGUGUAUCCAUGUCUCAUAGAGUAGCAGACGCGUGUAGCUUUUCGUCUUUCGUAAGCCACUGGUUCGCGAUAGCAAAAGGACCCGAGAGUCCGUUGACAGGUCCGGGUCUUGACUCGGCGGUUCUAUUCCCUCCAGUGGACUCGUAUGAAUACAGUGGAAGGGGUCCACCAGUUGGCAACCCAUUCAAGAAACUUGUAACCAAGAGGUUUGUGUUCAGUUCCUUAGCAAUAAAGGAACUGAAACACAAAGUUGUCAAGGCCGAUACGACCCUGGUGGGGUUGAACCCCACCAGGGUCGAGGUGGUGACGGCCUUGAUAUGGAAGUGCAUGGCCACCGUGUCUAGUUGUAAAGACUCGGUGGCUUUUCAUGUGGUAAACUUUAGGAGAAAGAUGGUGCCUUCGUUAAAAGAUCAACAAUUCGGGAAUCUUUUUCAGAUGGCUAGUGCAGUGGCUCAUGAGACAACAGACAUGGGUUAUCUUGUGGGGAAACUGAGGGGGUCUUUUAGGAAGAUUGAUGGUGAGUACUUGAAGAGUUUGAUUGGUGAAAAUGGGGUUGAGAUAGCGAGAGAUAAUUUUAGAGAAAUAAAAAAGUAUAUUAGUCAGAAAGGUUUAGGGGUGUUCAGGUUUAGUAGUUGGUGUAGGUUUAGUGUUAAUGAAAGUGAUUUUGGGUGGGGGAAGCCGGUUUGGAUUAGUGGUACUGAUUAUAAUAAUGAGAAUUCUAUAAUGCUUAUGGAUUCAAGUAGUGAUGAUGGAAUUGAAGCAUGGGUUGUGUUGAGUGAAGAUAAAAUGCACAAGUUGGAACAGGAUACUGAGCUUCAGACAUUUGUUACAUUUUAA